AAUUAAAUGAAUCACGAAAAUAAAAAAACAAUGUAAAUAAUGUUUAACCAUGUGAAUAGUAAACAUACAAUUUAGUUUGGGACGGUGGGAGUAAUUGUUAAAGUGUGAAAUGGUCACCCAAAAAAACCAGCCCAAUACCUGAUUUGGCCCGAACGCCCAACUAUGGGCUAGUAUAUAGCACUACUUCGAGUCUUCCACAUCUCCUGCAUUUCAAAAAUUUGAAUUCUAAGCAGAAACCCAGAGACGAAAAUGGCGACGAAAUCAAACAUGAAGGGAUUCUUCAAACAACAGAAGAAGGGGUGCAUCGCGAAGUCAAAGGCGAAGUCAAAGUCUUCCUCCUCUACGCCGAUGAUCUCCGCCUCCGCCGGCGUUGACGCCCCUCAACCGCCGGCUCUCGUCUCCCAUGGCUCUCACGAUCUACAAGUGGACUAUGAAGAGAAUGAUAAUGUGUUGCGGCAAUUUGACAUGAAUUUAGUGUAUGGGCCAUGCCUGGGAAUAAGCAGACUGGCGCGGUGGGAGCGUGCAAAGAAGUUUGGUCUGAACCCUCCCAAUGAUCUUUUGAGCAUCCUUGAGGGCAAGAAUACUGGGAAAGAAUGUCUGUGGGAUGGCCUUGUUUAGCCUUCUUUCAGUCUUGGAAUUAGUUUUGCGUGUCUUAUGUUUCUGUUGAAAACAAUACAGCAGCCCCUGGCUGUGCUUGUACCCCUUUGCAGCUUACUCUCUCUCUCUGGAUAUAUUUAUAAAUCUUUUCUGCAAUAUGGCUAGCUGUUGUCAUUAUCAAGCUUCUCUUUGUACGGAGUAUUUUAUUUCAUAAACUGGAAAUUAGUGA